AUGGCAAACGAAGUCAGCGUUAUCGGCGCUGGCAUUGCAGGCCUAACAUUGGCCCUCAGCCUAUACAGUCAAGGCAUCCCUUGCGCCGUCUACGAGUCCCGCCCUGAACCCCAAAACAUCGGCGGUGCUGUAAUGCUAUCCCCCAACUCGCUUAGACUGUUCGACAACAUUGGCAUCUACAACGAUCUCAAGCGUCACGGCUAUAAUUUCGACACCCUCUACUUUCGCGACCUCGCCGGCUCCCUCAAGGAAACCUACCCCUUUGGCAGUGUCGAAAAGUAUGGAUACAGCGGUCUCCGCGUCUACCGCUACCAACUCAUCGAUUUACUGCUCGAGAAACUCAAGGCUAAUAAUACACCCAUGCACUUCAACCACAAAUUCUCGCAUGUGAUUUCUGAAUCCAAGGAUACCGUGACCUGGCAACUUGUCGAUGGCACCACGAAAACAUCUUCACUCUUGAUCGGUGCAGAUGGUAUCCACAGCCGAGUCAGAAAAUACAUGUAUCCCGAUCUAUCGCCAAAAUUUACCGGUAUGGCUGGUAUCACCGCUGCAGUCCCCACCGCAAACAUCAAACUGCCUUCUCCAGACUACGAGAUGCCAGUCACGAUCAUGUCACCCACUCAUGGCGCUUUUGUCAUUGCGCCUCAAACGCCAGAUGGCAGUGAAGUGUUGAUCGGAAAGCAAAAGCGCAUGGCUGAGCUCUCGCGUGAGGGUUGGGAACAAGUCUUUGCCGACAAAGAGGCUUCUGUUGCUNUUUUGCGUGAGGGAGCAGAAGUGUUUGGCGAUAUUGCUGUCUCGGCUGCCUCUGAUAUCCCUCUUGAGAACCUCAAUGUCUGGCCUUUCUACGUCAUCCCCAAACUCGACUCUUGGUCUUCUGACAAUAGGAGGGUGCUGCUGGUAGGUGAUUCAGCUCACGCGUUACCCCCAUCGAGUGGCCAGGGGAUCAGCCAGGCUGUCGAGGACGUAGUAAUGCUAGCCAUACUAUUAGGAAAAGGUAGACGUGAGAAGAAAGACUUGGGUUGGUGGCAAGAAUUUCGACAAGUCAGGCUUCAACAAAUCUCACUCUUGAACGCCCGCAUUGAUCGCCGAAGAUUACCCAAAGUUCUGGGAGCUCAAGAGAAAGACGACGAUGAGCAAGGGUUUGAUCUAGAUUGGUUGUAUGGAAUUGAUGUUGUCGCAGAGGUGGAAAAAUAUGUCGGUGGGUUGUAA